AUGCUUCAUCGUUUGCGAAAGAGCAUGUUGGAACAGGAAUGGGGCACCUUGAUAGUGGAUGAAUCGCACCAUGUACGCUGUACAAAGAAAAGAUCAGAACCUGAAGAGGUAGUGAAUUCUGUUUUGGGUGUUGCAAUAAAAGCAAUCAUUACUGAAUUUAUGUUGGUUCAAAUACAGGAAAGGCCAAUGGAUAGGGAAUUGGUUAGGGUUGAUAAGGCUUUUAUGGCAAAUUUUGGGCCUAAAAUUAAGACUUGUUUGAGCCAGUGUAGUAGUAUCUCAGCUGACACCUUAAGCCUUUUAUUGUGUGUCUCUUCUCACUUCUCCCUUGUCAUUCACCAGAUAAAAGCUGUCCUUGAUGUAGCAGCUAAGGUCGAGCAUAUAGUUCUGUUGUCAGGGACUCCUUCUUUGUCAAGGUUGUAA